AUGCUGGAAGAGACUGAGGAAGUGAUGGAGAAUCAGAGGACACCGUCUGCCGACGUGAUGGAUACGAAACCGAGUGUCGAUAGAUUCAAGACGAUGAUUGAGAAGAUGGUGGAGGUAGGAGCCGACGGAUCGGAUGACAAGAGACCAGCGUUGCUCAAUAAGAAUCAACAGAUCGAUGAUCGCUAUAAGGAAUUCUUGCACUCGGCGGUCGACCGACAAUGA